AUGGAUGUCAUCGGUCUGAUAGAGACUGCCGCUUCCAAUGGACACAGAUCUAUUUUGGUUGCAACUGACUACUUCAGCAAGUGGGUGGAAACAAAUGCGUACAAGUCAGUGACCAAAAAAGUUGUAGCUGAUUUUGUUUGCAACAAUCUGAUAUGCAGGUUCAGAGUACCAGAGUCCAGCAUUACUAAUAAUGAUGUGAAUCUCAACAGUUACUUGACGAGAGAUAUAUGUGAGAAGUUUAAAAUUACUCACCGAAACUUAAUUGCCUAUUGUCCUCAAAUGAACGGAGUUGUGGAGGCUGCCAACAAGAACAUCAAGAAGAUUGCGAGGACAAUGAUUGACAAUCACCGAGGUUGGCAUGAGAUGUUGCCAUAUUCUUUGUUGGGUUAUGAAACAACCGUCAGAAUGUUGAUUGGAGCCACUCCAUACUUGCUAGUGUAUGGUACAAAAGUAGUCAUACCUGCUGAAGUUGAGAUACCUUCCCUAAGAAUCAUCCAGGAAGCUGAUCCGACUUUCCAUAAGAGAGUCAGAGCUAGAAUAAUUGAAAUUGGUCAAUUAGUACUUAGACGCAUUUUUCCUCCUCAAGAUGAAUACAAAGGAAAAUUUUCACUGAAUAGGGAAGGACCUUACAUGGUUCACAACGUAUUAUCUGCAGGUGCUUUGAUCUUGUCGGAGAUGGAUGGAAUCGUGUGGAAAAAGACGAUCAACUCAGAUGCUGUCAAGAGAUACUACGCGUGA